AUGUUACCAAACAGUAGACUGUUGAAUCUUUUAGAAACCUAUACAGAAUUUGAUUUCUAUCGAAGUCCAGUUGACAUUGUUGUGAUGCAUAAUCCAAAUAAUUCUAUUCCUGAUCUAAAAUCUUUCAUUAAUAAAAUGAUAACAUUUAAAAAUGGAAAAAUUUCAUUGUCGAAAUUGAAUAGUAUUUUGAAUUGGAAAGGGGAUUAUUCAGAAAAUAGAUUAUCUGACUUUAUUGAUCAAAGUGACGAUUUUGCACAUUCUAGGAUUGGUUUUAUUAGUUCAACUUGUAAAUCACCUCCAGAAAUAAAACCCAAUGAUCAACAAAAUAGGAAUUAUAGUUAUAAUCCAAACACAGAGAAAAUUAAACCUAAAACGGUACAAUCAGCAUCAACAAUACCUACAUUAGAAUUGUCGUUGUCAUCAUCAUCAAAUUCACCAAGCCCUUCACCAACUCAACCAUCACAACAAAGCUCUUCUUCUAGUAAUCAUUUGAUUUCACAAUUAAGUCUAAAUGAUGCCAAAGAAAUACUUUGUGAACACUUAAAAAACCAAGAAAAACAAUUGUUUUCCAGUUUUAAAACAGUUGAAUCGUGGAAAGAUUAUUUUGAGAAAUAUAAAGGAACAACUGAAAAAGAGGUUAAAGUACGAGACGAGGAGAUUAAAAGAACUGGAGAUAUUAUUAUAUGA